AAAGAAAAUAAGCUUUACACCUGCCAACAAUGUGGAAAAAGUUUCAACCAAAAAGAACACCUUACAGACCACAUGAGAGUUCACACUGGAGAGAAACCCUACACAUGCCCUCAGUGUGGAAAGAGUUUUAAACGUAAAGACCACCUUAAAGGCCACCUGAAUGUUCAUACUGGAGAGAGCCAUUUUACCUGCAAACAAUGUGGAAAAAGUUUCAAACGAAAAGGAUACCUUAAAGUCCACAUGAGCUUUCACACUGGAGAGAAGCCCAACACCUGCCCUCAGUGUGGAAAAACUUUCAAACAAAAAGGACACCUUAAAGACCACAUGAGAGUUCACACUGGAGAGAAGCCUUUUACGUGCCAACAAUGUGGAAAAGGUUUCAAAUUAAAAGGAACCCUUAAAGACCACAUUAGAGUUCACACUGGAGAGAAACCCUACACAUGCCCUCAGUGUGGAAAAACAUUCAAACGAAAAGGAACCCUUAAAGACCACGUGACAAUUCACACUGGAGAUAAUCCAUUCCUAUGUGAUCUAUGUGGAAAGAGAUUUAGAUAUAAAGGAACCUUUAAGUACCACAUGAGCCUUCACUUAUGAGAGAACGGUUUUAUAUGUCAUCAUUGUGGAAUAAGUUUCAGACAGAAGAACCUUGGGUUCAUGUUAUAACUUAUACCGGAGGGAAGCCUUUCAUGUGCCAUCGAUGGAAAGACUUACAGAAACAAAGUAAACCUCAAGGUUCACAUAAGAGUUUUGUUAUAGAGAGGUCUUGUACCAGCCCUGAAAGCCCUGAUAUACUCACUGCAAAGUUCUUUUCCAGUCUUUGCUUAGUGGCAGCAGACUUAAGUGAACAUCUCGAGUGUUGCAUUUAAAUUAAUGUGUAAAUAUGUGCUGUGCUUUUUCCUUUCAGUAACAAAAUAAAUGUGGUGGGAAAUGUGUAGCUGUGAACACUUCAGAAUAUAGUGAUGUGGAUUUGUUUGCACCAGAUCUGCAAUUCAGCUCCCCAGUCACAUCACAUACACAAUUAUACAGAUUGAUUUAAAUCAGGCAGCUUUACAGUAUUAAACAUGAAAAAACAGAGAUUGUGUCACUUAGAAUAAAAUUAUAA